CACCCGUUGUUCUUCAGUCUGGCAUCAGCAGUGAAAGCAUAUGGACCUAUACGCCUAAUAAUCUAGAAUUUUGUAACGGGACUUAGUGUUCAAUAAAGGUACCUAUUUAAUGAAAUAGGUACCUUGUUGUGUAGUGUUGAGUCUGUAUUGGUCCUGACAACAGGCAUCUUUUUGACAACGCGUUUCUACACAACAUUAUAUUAUAUUACCGGAACUCUCUCCUUGCAUCUUCUGAAGCGAGGAUCAACACAACUGCUGGCUUGGCAACCGGUCGCUGCUGGUCGAUGGAUACAUCUUACGGCCAUAUCGACUUAACAACUAGAUAAGUCCACCUUUUAAAGGACUUAGCUGCCUCAUUCUGUACCGGAUCGCCACUAAAAACUCUUCAGUGUAGUUUAAUCACAGUCAAGAUGGUUAACUAUUUCAUUUACGCAAAAGAUUUUUCCGGGUCUACGCAGGGAGAAAGUUAUUUUCAUACCAAUGGUUUGAAAACCUUAUACGAAUUUAAAAGUGAUGUAGAAAAAUUUGAAAAGGAACUUCUGGACGCCGGUGAGCCUUCAGUAAAAUCUAAAAUAGUUUACUUACAUUGGGGACACAAAUGUUAUGAAGUUGAUGAAGACACAACUGUUGUAGCAUAUAAUGAGCAAUGUGGAGAUAUGGGUACAGAUCCAGGAACAAUUAUUAAAUGGAUUAAAAGCAAAAGUGAUAUCUGUAAUGAAAAUAAUAAUAUUAAGUUGCUUUAUAUUAUAACUGAUGGUUUAAUUAACCAUGGCGAUGCGAUGAGAUGUUUUCAGCUAAAUGCAGACAUGCAAUACGAAAAGGUAGUUUUCCAUGCCUUUAACCAACGUGAAUAUGACAUAGAUCUCUCCGUAGUCGCGUCUUUUUUGAAAUGUGAAUGCGUUGUCUAUCGUAAUUAUAAACUCCUUGAUAACGUGAAUAUUUCAGAGGAAUAUGACUACGAUAAAAUAAACCUGGAUAAUUUUUCAGAUGAAAAGGAAAAUUUAAAGUCAUACAUUAAAUUGAAAUAUAUAAAUAAAUUCAAACACGAUGCCCUUGCGUUGCAAGAAAUAGAUAAAUUAAAGAAACUUCGGAAUAGGUUGUUUGCAGAAUUGUCAUCCAAAUCACAAAAGAGUGAAUCUAUUCUCAACACAAAAGAUAAAAAUGUAUUUUUGGCUGAAUUCGUUAAAACCGAUUGGUAUAUUAAUCUCAACACUGAAUCUCACGGUUUGAAGGUUGAAGUUGAGAAAGCAAUUUCCACGUUGAUUAAUUACAUUGUCAGUGACACAAAAUCUUACUCGUUUGACGCAUUGAAAUUCGAGACAAAAUUUGAUAAUCCAAUUGAAGAAGAGCCUAUAGUUGACGUUAACUUUCCAGCUGAACAAGAAAUAGAAUUCCCUGAUAUUAUUCUCGAUGACGAUAAAGGAAUACCUGUUAUAUUAUUAACAGAAUUUAAUAUGUUAGAAAAACUUAUCUUCCACAGAACAACCGAAUCGACCGAAGUAUCACCUGCUAGUUUUAAUAAAUUUAAGUCAACGAUGGAUUGUCCGUUAUUUUUGUUGAACGAUGCAGAUUUAAGUGAGUCUAUUGGAUAUUUUUAUACUUUAAAUGUAUAUAAACAAUUAUUAACAAAAACGGAUAAGACAGAGCCGCGUACUCGAAGACCAUACCAUGGAGGUCUCGUGCUAAUCGACACAGAUGAAUUUGAUAAAUACAAUGAUUACAUUUUAGCGGCAACGUAUUUGGAUUUCAAAAAGAUAAAUUACAAUAUUGGUUUGUUUUAUUACAUCUUGUGGAAAAAUUGCGAAAAUAAAGAAUGGAUGGAUAAAAAUGUGGUUAAACAGUUUAAAAAGUAUGUAAUGCGUCGCAUUAGUGGAUACAAGUGUAAAAUAGGGUUGUCGGGAUUGCCACUAGACCCUCCUCAUGUUACGUCUUUGCCAACUGCUUUGUGGUACUGUGUAGAAUUAUCAUCAUGCUUAUUUAGAAAUGAUCCGCAAAAUUUUACACAAGAACGUUUGAGAAUGUAUUAUGGGGUAGCACAUUGUAUGAUCGAAAUAUUAAAGAGCCUAGAUUACAAUUUAGAUUUAGAGGCUAUUGAGAAACGUAGAGACGUAAUUAGGCAUGUUAUGAUUUUGAAAAAGAUUCCAACAUAUGGAGAAAGAGUGUAUUAUUUGAUAGAAAGGAUAUUUAAAAAUGUUAAUGGAUUUCUCGUAUCUAAAAUUGAAAAACCUUUUAACAUAAGCAAACUCAGAUACCUAAAGUUGGAUCACAAAGGCAUGUUCGGCGAUGAUGAUAUUAAUGAUGGAGCAGUUGUUAAUCUUAAUGACUACGUGCACUUAAUGUACUUUAUGAAUGCUGAAAAGAAAUCAAAAGAUGAUAGAGGUAUGUUUGAAAUAUGUGACAAAACAUUCCGUCCAUUCUUUAUUAUUGAGAAUAACAAAUCAUUUUAUGCAGAAUUAAAAGAGAUUUCUAAAAAAGUAGUUAUCAACAACGACAGUGACAAAGGUAGAGUAAAUGUUACUUACGAUGAAAUUGAUGCAAUGGAGUUUGAUAGAAUUUUGUCUGUAUACAAUCUAUAUAUUAACUGUGUCAAAGAUUCUGAGAAAUAUCCCACCUUAGAUGAAUACAUCGAAUACAUUUUAAAGAAGAAGAAAUAUCAAGAAGAUUUAGUGACAAUAUUUCCAUCAAACGUCAUUUACAUGAUAAAUGAAGUGUACUCGCGUUACCAGGAUAUUGUGAAAGAUGUCGAUGUUAAAGACUUUAUACACAUAUGUAAAAGUUACGUAAGUCGAAUUGAACGUGUUAAAGUAGAAGGUAGAAUGGCAUUUAAUAGCGAUAAGGAAAUUUUAGAAUUUCUUGUCAGUGAAGAACGUAAAGUUAAAUUGAAAAAAAUCAGCCAAGAACACAAGUCGGUCAAAACUCGCGUAAGGGUCCUCCAAACAGGAAGAAAGUCCCUAAAACAGAACAAACAAGCCAACAAAAGGGCCCACCGCGGCACAUUAGAGGAAGGCGGCGGCCUUUUAAUAACAGAAGACGUUUUGUGCGGAGUACACAAAAGCCUUGACUUGAUUUAAGCCAGUGCAUAAAUGUCUUGGCCGAUUUUUGUUUUCGUAAUUAUACCAACUAAUAAACUGUAAGACUGGUUAUUUAGGAUAUACUAUUUGAUAUUUUGUGAUUGUGCCAUGUUAUUAAAUUAAUCUUUUCUUUA